CAGCCGAUACCAACCAUACGUCAAAAUAUACAUAUUGAAUUUUGAUUCUGGUAAUGCUAAAAUGGAUCCUUCCUUAACUACUGUGGGCGAUGACAGUGUAGAAGAAUUUUUUACCCCCAAAGUUGGCGGAGAGGGAGAUGGGCAGCAAAGAGGAAGAAUUCAGAAAAUCCAAAAAAGAGUCCCUAUGUCGUCCGCCUUAAAAUUCCGGGCAAAAGCUCAGUACAGGGAAACCAUGAAAGAUACACUGGAAGUCGCACUGACUCAAAUUCAAAGCAAAACUAAGCUCGCACCAAAGAUUCAUAAUUGUUUGGUCAAGUCACGAUCGAUUGCGGAGAUAACACCAACCAAGAGUAAAGCAAAGGGAAGUCGUCCUGUGCACGUAACCCCCUUAAAGAUAUCGACGCUAGGGGGUGAUGCGGUUGUAGAAGACACCACAAUUCAUGCGACUCCACGACGCCCUGCGGCACAGACGUCGACACUCCCAAGGAAAUGUGACAGAAGAUGGGUAGAGUGUCGUGUACAAAAGAGGCUCCUGUUGAAGGCCUGGAGGAAGAGACGUGUGGAUAGGGAUGAAGCUGCCAAGAAGGCGGAAGGGUUGAAGGAACAGGUUAGCCAACUACAGCUACAAGUGGACGUUCUCAAGAAUUUGAGAAAUUCAGAGAGUGACAAGAGAAAGGAAGCUCUGAACGAGUGUCAUAAUCUGAAAAAAAAUAUCGAAUCAUUACAAGUUGAAAACUGGCAAUUAAAGGAGGAAUUGCAAAACAUCAGAGACGCUUUGGAUAAUACGCAGAAAAAUAUGGCGUUAACAAAGAGUGAUCUUAAGAAGCGCUCUGAACAAAUAAAUAAAAUCCAAGAUCUACUAAAGAGGCAAAAAGAAGAAAAAUUGGAUUUGAAAUGCAAGAUUUCCAGUCAAGAGCAAGAAAUCUACAUGCAAAAUAAUAUCAUAUCCCGGCUGGAACAAGCAAUUUCAACGACUGCAGUGAAUCUCCAAAAUACUGAAAAUAAUUUAAGAGCAAAGGAGCAACAGUUCGAUGAAAUACGCAUCAAGUUACAAAACGAAAGAGUUCGAAACUCCUCCCUUGAAGAAGAUAUCGUCAGCUUACAGCAACAAAAGAUGGAACUUGAAAGUCAAUCCAUAAUCCUAGAAGAACAACUUGAAGAUCUAGAGAUUUCCCUCGAUCGCGUUAAGGAGAUAAACGAGACCAUGAAGGGCGAGUUGUACGAAGUAUCUCUGCAGCUUUGUGAGGAGCAGAAAAAAAAUUGGUUCAAUCAAACAAAAGAUGUCGCUAUGUUGUCAUUAUCUACUUUACACAAAGUUUUUGAUGCUGUUUUGCACAUUUACUUAGGAACAUCGUUAUAAGUUUGGCGAUAUUUUGAUUUAUGUAUUAUACUUGGUUUUUAUUAAAUUAUUUUAUUGUAUGCUAUAUUUUACAUUAUGAAAGCGAUAUUUGAACGGUA